UUGUUUUAUUUUCAUUAUCUGAAGGAUAAAGAGAGUGGCGGUUUAAGCGCUUCACAUGGUAGACAUGACAUCACACUUCACUUAUUUAUAAGUCAGUGGCUUUCCCAAAACCUGUCGAGUAAAUUUUGUUUCAAUGGCAACUUCAAUUUGUGCCUUACACCUCUCUUCAACUGCCUCUUAUGGCAGUUUUCAGACAGCACAAUCUUGGUUUAACUUGUGUUGUCACUCAAAUAUUGUUCAUCUUCUCGCUUCCAAGCCAAAAGGGUCUUCUUCUAUCAGAUGCCAGUCCACCAGCACUAAUCAGCAGAAAACAAAAAGGAAUCUUUUUGACAAUGCUAGUAACCUUCUCACCAAUUUGUUAAGUGGGGGAAAUCUUGGUUCAAUGCCUUUAGCUGAAGGUGCUGUUUCUGAUUUGUUUGAUCGCCCUCUCUUCUUCUCCUUGUACGACUGGUUUUUAGAGCAUGGUGCGGUGUAUAAACUUGCGUUUGGGCCAAAAGCUUUUGUUGUUGUAUCCGAUCCUAUUGUUGCAAGGCAUAUUCUUCGAGAAAAUGCAUUUUCGUAUGACAAGGGGGUUCUUGCUGAUAUUCUAGAACCAAUAAUGGGGAAAGGACUUAUACCUGCUGACCUUGACACUUGGAAGCAAAGAAGAAGAGUUAUUGCUCCUGGGUUCCAUUCCUUAUACCUGGAAGCUAUGGUCAAAGUGUUUACAGAUUGUUCAGAAAGAACAGUGUCGAAAUUUGAGAAACUUUUAGAAGGAGAGCACUCACGUGGAGGAAGUGCAAUUGAGUUGGAUCUUGAAGCAGAGUUUUCAAGUUUAGCUCUUGAUAUUAUUGGGCUUGGUGUCUUCAAUUAUGACUUUGGUUCUGUUACAAAAGAGUCUCCUGUGAUAAAGGCAGUUUACGGUACUCUUUUUGAAGCUGAGCAUAGAUCAACUUUCUACAUUCCUUAUUGGAAAAUUCCUCUAGCAAGGUGGAUAGUACCCAGGCAACGAAAAUUCUACAAUGACCUUAAAGUUAUCAAUGAUUGUCUGGAUGGACUCAUCAGAAAUGCAAAAGAGACUAGACAGGAGACAGAUGUUGAGAAACUACAGCAGAGGGACUACUUGAAUAUUAAGGAUGCAAGUCUCUUGCGUUUUCUAGUUGAUAUGCGGGGAUCAGACGUUGAUGAUACUCAGCUAAGGGAUGAUCUGAUGACAAUGCUUAUUGCUGGCCAUGAAACGACCGCUGCUGUCCUUACUUGGGCAGUUUUCCUUCUAGCUCAAAAUCCCUCCAAAAUUAGGAAAGCUCAAGCUGAGAUUGAUGCAGUGCUGGGACAGGAGAAACCAACUUAUGAGUCGCUUAAAAAACUGCAGUACAUAAGAGUUAUUGUUGCAGAGUCGCUACGGUUGUAUCCUCAGCCCCCAUUACUUAUUAGACGUGCCCUUAAACCAGAUUUAUUACCAGGAGGAUACAAGGGUGACAAAGAGGGUUACCCAAUUCCUACUGGGACUGAUAUCUUCAUUUCUGUGUAUAAUCUCCAUAGGUCGCCUCACUUUUGGGAUCGACCCCAUGAAUUUGAACCAGAGAGGUUUUUAGAGCAAAGGAAGAGUAUAGAUAUUGAAGGAUGGAAUGGUUUUGAUCCAUCUCGAAGCCCCGGAGCAUUAUACCCAAAUGAGGUUGUAUCAGAUUUUGCUUUCUUAGGCUUUGGUGGUGGACCAAGAAAAUGUGUUGGAGACCAAUUUGCUGUGAUGGAAUCAACUGUUGGUCUGGUAAUGUUGUUACAGAAGUUUGAUGUUGAGCUGAAAGGACCUCCAGAGUCUGUGGAACUGGUUACCGGCGCAACGAUCCAUACAAAGAAUGGGUUGUGGUGCAAAUUGACCAAGAGAUCUAAUGUCCAUUGAAUUGUACUUAUAAUUGUGCUCCAUUCCGAAU